AUGACGAUUUCUGCCAGCAUCAGUCUCCAAGUGUUGAAUAUAAUUACUUCAGUGAACAAGAGGGCUAGAUAUAUUUCAGCUACAGAAAAUGACAGCAUGGUAGUUGUAGAAGGGAGUAUAAGGCAAGAUGCUACAGCUUCUCUUAUCCUGCUAUGGAAAGUGACGACAACUGGAUUUAAACAGUGUUCACUUAUAGAUGGCAGAAGUGUAACCCUCCUCCAGGCACUGGGUGGACUUGUUCUUUCUGAAGAAAUGCUUGCAUUAGGAAACAACUACUUUAUUGGUUUUUUGAAUGAUUCAGUUACUAAAUGUAUUGUGGCUUUACGCUUGACUGUGAUAGUGAAAGUCAGUACCUGCUUGCCUGUGGGAAGCGAUUCAGAUACUUUCCAGUGUUCGGGGAAAGGAAAAUGUAUCACACAACCAGAUGAGGCAACUUUUUUCUGUGACUGUGAGGAUGAGUAUCUGGGUGCUCUAUGUGAAGAAUUUGAUGCUUGUCAAAGGCAGCCCUGUCAGAACAAUGGAACCUGCACGGAUGUAAUACAGAAACAUGAUGGAAAAAAUUUCACAUGCAGUUGCCUGGCUGGUUACACUGGGGAGCUAUGCCAGUCGGAGAUUGAUCAUUGCAUCCAGCAGCCAUGCCAAAAUGGAGGCACCUGCUCAUCCAGUAUCAAUGGAUUCAGUUGUCAGUGUCCAGAAGGGUUUUUAGGAACCUCUUGUGAAGACAAAAUAGACCCCUGUGCUUCAUCUCCGUGCCAAAACAAUGGAACCUGUUAUGCAGAUAGACUGGCUUUCUCCUGCAGUUGUAGUCCUGGAUUUACGGGACCUGUGUGUGCUCAGCUGAUUGACUUCUGCGCUCUGAAUCCUUGCGCACACGGCAUUUGUCGCAGUGUUGGAACCAGUUACAAAUGCCUCUGUAUCCCUGGCUACCAUGGCCUUUACUGUGAAGAGGAAUAUAAUGAAUGCCUUUCUGCACCCUGCCAGAAUGGAGCCACCUGCAGAGACCUUGUCAAUAGCUAUGACUGUGUGUGCCUUGCUGAAUAUGAAGGAAGGCACUGUGAAUUGUACAAAGAUCCUUGUGUUAACAUCAACUGUCAGAAUGGUGGCACCUGUGACAGUGAAGGUCUAAAUGCUACUUGUAUUUGUUCACCUGGAUAUACAGGUGAAGAGUGUGAAAUUGAUAUAAAUGACUGUGACAGCAACCCAUGUCACCAUGCUGGAACUUGCAUAGAUCAGCCCAAUGGUUAUACCUGCCACUGUCCACAUGGGUGGGUUGGCGCAAACUGCGAAAUACAUCUGCAGUGGAAGUCUGGGCAUAUGGCAGAGAGUCUAACAAAUAUGCCUCGUCACUCCCUCUACAUCAUAAUUGGGGCACUUUGUGUCGCGUUUGUCCUGAUGCUGAUCAUCCUGAUUGUGGGAAUAUGUCGCAUCAGCCGCAUUGAGUAUCAAGGCUCUUCCAGGCCAGCCUAUGAAGAAUUUUACAACUGUAGAAGCAUUGACAGUGAAUUCAGUAGUGCAAUUGCUUCUAUCCGACAUGCCAGGUUUGGCAAGAAAUCCCGACCUGCAAUGUAUGAUGCAACUCCCAUUGCUUAUGAAGAUUACAGCCCAGAUGACAAACCUUUGGUUACACUGAUUAAAACAAAAGAUUUGUAAUCUAGUGUAUCUUUUUGGGGUUAUUUUUCAAAAGGAUGGGCUACUAACCUAAUUUAAAUAUUUUUAAGAAGAAAGCAUAAGCAAUUUAAAAUGUUAGAUGCUUCAGAAUUUUCUGUAGAAUAUUUAAGAACCAGUUUUCUGCAGCUUUUAGUUUGGAAGAAUAUUUUAAAAGACAAUUCGUGAACUUCAUGGAUUACAUUUUAAUGUACCUUGAGCUCUGUAAACUAUAAGCUUAUGAUAGUGUGUGCUUUUUUUCUUGGUAGACACUAUUACUAAACCCAGAUGAGUUUCUUGUGGUUGUUACAGAACAGAAAAUAAUUAAUGAAGAGUUCCUUAUGACAUGUCAGUGCCAGCUUUCUCAGUAGAGGUAGGAAAAAUGUGAAGCAUAAUAUGAUACAUAAUAUAUCCAUUAAUUAAAAAGAAGUCUAAAAUGUUUGUGUUGUGAAAAAGAAACUAGUAAAAUUUAUUAUUCCUAAUCUGAAUGAAUUAGCUUUUGCCUUACUCCAUGCAUGGAUAGAUAAUUUAUUUCUGCAUUGUUUCCUGAAAGUUGCUGAAACAUACUUUUGAGUUGAUGUUUGACAUUUUUGUAAUGGUAUUUAGGCUAAGCCUUGUAUAAUAAUUAAAGUGCCUCUUGAGGCGAAGUAAGGGCAUGAUCCGCUACACAUAGACAUCAGUGAGAAAACUUCCACUGACUGCAGUGUACAUGGGAUUGGAUCCUACAAUUGGACCGAAUCUAUAUUUUUCUUUAAAGGUUACAGGUUUUUUUUUUUAUAUUGUGCGUAAACUAAGCAUAUAGUUUGAGUUGUUUGUUUCCCAAAGGUUGUUAAUGUACAGUGUCGUUUCAUUAAAUAUUGUGUAUUUCUCAUAGUGCUUCUUAUUUAUGAUCAGUAUGGGUUUUUCUUUUUGUGGCUGUAUUUGAUCGUUUAUCGGCUUCUUAAAAUUCUCGCUUAUUUCAAAAAAUAUUUAAUAAAUGUUAUCAAGUGAAGAUUGCA